UUAGUUUCGUUUAUAUUAUCACGAACAGUUCUGAGUCUGUUAUCCCUCAUUGAAGUUGUAUAAGCCAACAUGACUGCUCCGAUCAGCACUGCUAUGGACAGUUUAACUGCUGCUCUUAAGUCCAACAUUAUUCCCAAUCAGGAAUAUCUACUACAGGGAUCAGUGUUAGAUACCUCUGUAGAAGUACUGCUGCACAGACUUCGUGGUUUAUGUGACAAUGUUGAUCAUGGACCUGAAGGUUUCUAUGACCAUGAGAUGUGUUUCAGCAUCCGUAGAAGUACUCCGCAGGAACAACCGCUAUUACUGCGAGUGCGACGUACUCUGGACGCGAGUAACGCAGACAUGCCAUGGCAGUUGAGAUACAUCGGCCAACCUGAACUAGGUGAUAAAUCUCGACCAACGAUUGUUCGCAGUAGCAUCGACAUUGCUACAAGUAACACCGUAGUGGAGUUUCUUACCGAGUUGGGCUGCAAACUGGACUUCGAAUAUGUUACUCGUGGUUACAUGUUUCGCAAAGGAAGAAUGAAGAUCACCGUAUCAAAGAUCUUUAAAGUGAACCAGGGUAAGGUGCCAGAAGGCGUGCCGGAAAUGAUUUCACAGAGUUAUUUGGUUGAACUCAGCGUGUUGGCUCCCAGUGGACAGGAUGCCAUAGCAGAGGACAUGAGGAUAUUUGCGGAACAGUUACGACCUUUGGUGCAAUUGGAGAAAAUAGAUUAUAAGAGAUUAGUUCAUUAA